AUGACGCUGGAGUCUGCGAUCAUGGCGUCGUCAGUUAGUAGCUCAGAAUUGGGGCUCCCCUCUUCUCAAACUCCUAAUGAGGGUAGCACGGGAGGUGGCAUGGAUGAGCUCCUCCCGCUGGUGCUUCAAUUGAUAAACCCAGACCAGAGAGAGGUUGUUCUUUUGGAAUUGUCGAAGAAACGCGAGAGCUUUCCGGACCUGGCGCCAAUUUUGUGGCACUCAGUUGGUAGUAUUGCGGCGCUGCUUGCAGAAAUUGUUGCGAUUUAUCCACUAUUGACUCCACCGACGUUGACGGCUCACGCCUCAAACCGUGUUUGCAAUGCCCUUGCGUUGUUGCAAUGCGUUGCAUCGCAUGUAGAUACUAGGCAGCCUUUCUUGAACGCCCAGAUUCCGUUGUAUCUUUACCCUUUUCUCAAUACUCAGUCGAAAUCCAGGCCAUUCGAAUACUUGCGACUAACUUCCCUUGGUGUUAUCGGGGCUCUGGUAAAAGUUGACGAUGCUGAGGUUAUUUCAUUUUUACUAUCGACUGAGAUCAUUCCACUUUGCCUUCGGAUUAUGGAGACAGGAUCUGAAUUGAGCAAGACAGUGGCUACAUUUAUUGUCCAAAAGAUCUUGCUGGAAGAAACAGGAUUGAACUAUGUAUGUGCGACAGCGGAACGUUUCUAUGCCGUGUCCACAGUUCUUGCGAAUAUGGUCCAGCUUUUACAGGUGCAUCCAUCUGUACGCCUUUUAAAGCACGUUGUCCGUUGCUACUUACGACUAGCUGAUCAUCCUCGUGCUCGGGAAGCGCUGAAAACUUGUUUACCGAAUUCCCUUCGGGACAAUUCGUUCGCUCCGCACUUACACAACGAUCCUACGGUACAGAAAUGGCUCGUGCAACUGUUACAUUCAGUGGGUGGUGAACUUUCAACAAACCAAGCAUCCGAAAUGAACGAGACUACUUUCCAAGAAGCAGGAAAUCCUCUAUAACCUUGUUGCUGGCGACUGAGGAGAAGUUUUGUUGACGAUAUUGACUAAGACACACCACUAGCUAGAUCUAGCCAUGUAGGGUUGGGACGGAAUUAUAUCCGUCUCAUUUUGCAAGCAUGCUGAUAAAUAGGUAGGAUUUUGCGAAUUACCGGUCGGUAUAUGGAAUCAGGACCCACAGCAAAUUUUUGCUCCAGCUUCCCAUCUUUUCGAAUGAAUUAGAAUUCCAAUGGAACC